CUCUCAUGCCACUCUCCAUCAUCUUCAAUCAUCGCAUUCCCCUUUCAACCCUUUGAUCAGUGUUCUCAGAAUUCUCUUCUUCUCGAAGUAAUUAACCUCCAUCACUCACCAUAUUUUUAUUGUUGAUUGAAGAUGUCAUCGUCGUCGAAUUCAACAUGCGCGGCGUGCAGGUGCAUUCGGCGGAAGUGCACGGAGGAUUGCUUCUUGGCUCCAUAUUUCCCGGCGGACAAACCGCAACGGUUUGCGUGCGUGCACCGCGUGUUCGGCAAGAGCAACAUAGAUAAGCUACUGAAAGAGCUUCCAGAGUCGCAGCGCUAUGGCGCGGUGGAUUCGCUCGUGUACGAGUCGGAAUCUCGCCUGAGGGACCCUGUUUACGGCUGCGUCGGGUUAAUCUCGGUGAUGCAGAAGAGGCUCCGCGAGAUGAAUGCUGAAAUCGCCGACGCCAAGAAGGAGCUCGGGAAUUACCUCGGCCCGGAGGAGUUGAAGUACGUGCUUGCUAACCCCGGUGGUGAGAUACCCCUCAACGCCGCGCAUGAUCUUCUACCGUUUCCUGCCAGUAACAUGGUGGUGCCGGUGGGGAUUCCGGUUCCUAUUGAGCAGCAGUUACUGGAGGCGCAGCGGGUGGCGGAUGAGCGGGAGGUUAGAGAUGGGCAACUCCCCCGCGGCAGGCAGAUGGGGAUUCUGGAUCCUAUGGAGCAGGAGUUGUUUGAGGCGCAGCAGCUGGCGGAUGCGCGGCAGGUGGUUAUGAGCGGGCAGGGAGGUAGGCAGGUGGUGGCGAAGGAUUCUCAACUGGAAGAGUUAUUUGAGGCGCAGCAGAUGGCGUGGGCGAUGGCGGAUAUACGUCGGCCGUGCCGCGGGUUGGUGAUUCGGGAGCAACAGGAGCGGGAGCUUCUGGAGGCGCAGCAGCUGGCGGUGGCGCAGCAGGUUGGUAUGAAUAUGAGCGGGCACGGACGUGGCAAGCAGGUGAUGGCUCAGGAUCCUCUGGAGCCGGAGUUAUUGGCGGCGUAUGAGCUGGCGGCGCAGCUGACGGGUAUGGGCGGGCAGGGUGGAGGGCAGGUGAUGGCUCAGGAUCCUCAGGAGCAGGAGUUACUGGAGGUGCAGCAACAGGUGGUUAUGGGCGGGGAGGGCGGCAGGCCGCGGCCUCAGGGGCGGGACUAUUGGGAGGUUCAGCAGCAGAUGGCGGCGCAAGGGGCGAUUAUGGGUGAGCACGAGGGGAGACAGGUGAUGUUUCUGGAUGCUCAGGAGAAGGAGUAUCUAGAGGCUCAGCUGCUGAAACAGGCGAUAGAAGAGAGUCGGCAGCUGGAGCUGGAGCUUCAGCUUCAGCAGCAAGCUAUGCUUUGGAACUAUGGGGAGCAGGCAGUUGGUGCUGGCAGUAGUGGUGGUGGAGGGUUGGGUCAGGAGAUUGAGGUUACUGUUCAUGGUGGUGGUGGUGGCGGUUUUCAUCGGGGUGAGGCUUCUGGUUCCCACCAGGCUCUGUUUGAUAAUGUUGGUAGUAAUCAGAUGCAGCAGCAGCAGCCACAGCAAGGUUGGGUUUACCAUAAUCAGGACCACCAUGUUCCUCACCACCCUCCGAUUGAGGCGGCACAGCAAGAGCAAGGCAGUAAUCAGAUGCAGCAGCAGCAGCCACAGGCACAGCAAGGUUGGGUUUCCCUUAAUCAGCACCACCAUGUUCCUCACCACCCUCCGAUUGAGGCGGCACAGCAAGAGCAAGGCAGUAAUCAGAUGCAGCAGCAGCAGCCACAGGCACAGCAAGGUUGGGUUUCCCUUAAUCAGCACCACCAUGUUCCUCACCACCCUCCGAUUGAGGCGGCACAGCAAGAGCAAGGCAGUAAUCAGAUGCAGCAGCAGCAGCCACAGGCACAACAAGGUUGGGUUUCCCUUAAUCAGCACCACCAUGUUCCUCACCACCCACCGAUUGAGGCACAGCAAGAGCAAGGCAGUUAUCAGAUGCAACAGCAGCAGCCACAACAAGGUGAGGAAUACCAUCAUCAGGACCAUCAUUCUCCUGAUAACAACUCUCCGGUUGAGUCACAGCAAGGUAGUAAUGAGAUAGAGCAGGAUCCACAGCAAGGAAGUAAUCAGAUGGAGCUGGAGCCACAGGAAGGAAGUAAUCAGAUGGAGCUGGAGCCACAGGAAGGUGGGGGGGAGUACCAUCAUCAGCAGCAGCAAACACAGCAGCCGAUGUUUGCGGGUCUUGGAGCGGGUAGGAGCGUCGGUCCUUGUUGUUGAUUUCUCAGUUUCUGCUUUCAUGGAAUGUCCAACUAAAUAGCUAUUCGGAAGUUUGGCAUAGAGAAAUUUUAGCGAGCCUGAGUGGUGGCUAAGCAUGGUCCCAAACUUCAUUUUAUCCAUUUCUAUAUAGCAUCAUAGUCAUAGACUUCUCGUGGAAAUAUAUUUUUUGAAACAUUCUCUUGGAAAUAUUUGGUACUGUUUGAUGGUUUAACUCACAUUAUUAGUAUAAUAUAGUACCAAA